AUGUCUUCCCCUAACGACACCUGCAAGAUCAAAAAUGAGUCCAACCCGAACGGCAGAACCUUCACCGUCACCCGUGCCGCCCUCGAGCACUCAGCCGUUCUUCGGUCCUUGUUAGAAGACGCGAGCCUACUGCACCAGCCCGCCAGCGGAGAAGAAAGCGUGACCAUUCCCAUCAUUCUCCCAACUGUUAGCGACGAGACGCUAGACCACAUCUUCACCUGGGCCUCCCACUGGCAAGACGAGUUCAAACUCGACGCCGACGCCGCCAACAAAGAGAUCAACUUUACCCACCCGGCCACCAUAAAUGACUGGGAUAGGGGCUUCUUUGAGAAGCUCAACGGGUCGACGCGGCGGAUCAAUGGCCAGGCCAUGUAUGAGCUGCUGGUGGCGACGAAUUACCUGGAUAUUCGCCCUCUGUACCGGAUGGCGGUGGGGUUUGUGGCGGACGCGAUGGAGGGGCUGUCGCCGGAGGAACUUGAUCGGAUGAUUGAUCAUGCGCAAGAGGAACUUGAUAAGCUCAUGGACGUGGACUCUUAA